UUAAAUUCUCAUAGCUACAAAAUGUAACAAUUUGCAUCAGUCCGUAAAGAGCCAUUAUUGAGACAUUCUACAAACACCAUGGAAGUAUGGCUACAAUUAGGCAAUUUGAGUUUGGAUUUAAUGGUCCUUGAAUAAUCUAGUCCAUCAAAGGCUCUGUGUACCGAAGGCCGUGUCCUUGGUUCACCCCAACACCAGUUCUUUCAUUGCGAUCUAAUUGAAAGAAAAACUGGUCUUUCAACUCUCGAAGAAGAAUAAUCGUUGCCUGCAUGAUCUGAGCUUAUGACGUCCUCGACCCUAAUACUACACACAACAUAACAAAUAUGGCUGACAGCAAGAUGUCACAAGAGAAGUACGCGUGUUCCCUCAGUCAUGCUUUACAAAUGAAGGCAGAAACUGAACUGAACGAGAAUCCGGCACGAAGGGACCAAGACAUCCAAGCACUGCGGGACAUGAUCAACAAUCGGCCGGGCCUCAACGCUCGCAAAGACGAUGGUUUCCUUCUCCGUUUCUUACGAGCCAGAAAGUUUGACCACGACCGUGCCUUUGAAUUGUUAGAGAACUAUUAUCAAGUUCGCGCUAGUGCUUCUGAGAUCUUUGACAACUUGCUACCCUCAGCAAUAAGACACGUACUAGACAAAGGCGUUGUGACAGCCCUACCAGGUAGUGACAAAGACGGAAGGAAGAUCAUCAUCUUUAGGCCUGGGCGGUGGAACCCAGACGACUGGCCGAUAUAUGACAACGUGAAGGCAGUGAUUCUAUCCAUAGAGUUGCUUCUUGAGGAGGAAGAAACCCAAGUGAGCGGUCUGAUCUUUAUACAAGAAGAAAGCGGCGUCACAGCAAGACACGUGUAUCAGGUAGGCCUGAGGUAUGCACGUACAAUCGCCAACAUUUUUCAGGAAGCCUUCCCAGCAAGAGUAAGGGGUGUUCACUUGGUGAAUGAGUCGUUCCUUGUCGACGCAGUCUUCGCGAUCAUCCGGCCAUUUCUUAAAGAAAAACUCAAGGAGAGGAUCAAACUACAUGGUAAGGUGUACGAGACCUUACACGAGGUGACAGGUACUGAGGUCCUACCAUCCGAGCUCGGUGGAGACGGGGGUCCAUUGGAUGAGAUGGCCAAGGAGUGGAGAGAGAGGUUGAUGCGUUUUGAAGAUAGAAUGGUGGAGAAUAACAUGUUUGGUAUGGUGAAACUCUGAACAUUGUAAGUCUACAGGAAAAGCUUAACUAAAGAUGAUCCUUCCACAAGCUACUAAAGCGUGAAGAUCUAGACCUUAAAGAAAGGAGUUAUUUUUUUUUAAUUUUCAUUUAGAACUAUCAUUUUGUUCAGGGAAAAAAAGGAUAAAUCGUCUCCAAGCAGAUGUAAGUGUGAAAGAUUUUUCUGAGAUACGGCCGGGCUUCUCUGACAGUAUCUAAGAAAUAGAGCAGUCAAACAGUUGAGUACAAUGCCAGAGUUGUUAAGGGAAAACGGAUCAUGUCAACACAAUAUCUUAAACCUAGUCAUUACAUGAAAGAUGUGAGGUAUACAUGAAUAUAUUAAUAUAGGCGUACGUAAUUAACUUAAGGAGAUGAUCCUACGGAUUAACUAAACUUUAAAUAAGUAAUAAACAACACUGUAAGUGAUUGGGACUUACCCCAAACGUUCAUGCUAAAAAAAUGAUCCUACACCUAUACUCUUACUCUAUACUUUUAUUUUUGUGGGGGCACAAAACACAACGACAUAACAGGGAUAUUCGGUUCUGGGUUGACAGAGUUCGUUCUUAGUGUCAGUUGACUAGAUUAUUCAAGACUCAGAAU